AUGGGUAAAGACAUUAUUGAUUUUGCUCUUCCAACGAUCGAUGAUGCAUUUGACCCAACCGAGGGCGAGGCCAGAGAGAUCAUCGAGGAAUCAACCAUUGAGUUUGACGAAAGUGACACUAAAUUGUCAUCUUCCCUGAAUUUUGAGCAAAGGGCUGCAUACGACGAGAUACUAGCGGCUGUUGAACGCGGUGAUGGGGGUAUAUUCUUUGUUGAUGGCCCUGGAGGUACGGGGAAGACCUUCCUUUACAGGGCGAUGCUCGCCAAGGUGAGGCGCGAGGGCAAGAUUGCUAUCGCUACCGCGACGUCGGGCGUCGCUGCUUCUAUCAUGCCUGGCGGCAGGACUGCCCACUCGAGAUUCAAAAUCCCACUGAGUUGUGAUGAUGGAGCCUCGUGCAGCUUCACCAAGCAGAGUGGGACCGCCAAGCUGCUAAGGAUGGCCUCAUUGAUACUAUGGGACGAGGCCAGCAUGACUAAGCGACAAGCGGUUGAGGCAUUAGACAAUAGCAUGCGCGACAUCAUGGGAAUACGCGACCGACCCUUUGGAGGAAAGACUGUUGUUUUUGGCGGGGACUUUAGGCAGGUGCUUCCGGUCGUCAGAAGGGGGUCAUGGGGCCAGAUAAUUGAUGCAAGCCUCCGAAGUUCUCAUCUAUGGAAGAGUAUGCGGCAGCUUCAGCUCAUCACCAACAUGAGGGCUCAUAAUGACAAGUGGUCUGCAGAUUACUUGCUCAGGGUCAGUAAUGGCACAGAGGAAGCCGACGAUCAAGGCAACAUACUACUCCCUGAUGAUAUCUGUCUGCCAUCUACAGGCGAGGUUGACGACCUGGAGAAGCUGAUUGACCACGUGUUUCCGAGUCUAGAUGACAACAUGGCAGAUUCGAGUUACAUGACAUCUCGCGCAAUCCUUUCCACGACAAAUGACAACGUCGACAAGAUAAACAUCCGCAUGAUAGAGCGUUUCCACGGAGAUGAAGUAAUCUACCAUAGCUUUGACAGUGCGGAGGAUGACCCAUAUGGCUACUACGCUCCUGAGUUUCUGAACGGAUUGACUCCCAAUGGUCUUCCUCCGCAUGCACUCAAACUAAAGCUGAAUUGCCCGGUGAUACUUCUAAGAAACAUUGAUCCAGCUAAUGGGCUGUGUAACGGGACUAGGCUUGUCGUUAGAGGUUUUGAGAGGAACACCAUUGAUGCAGAAAUCGUGAUUGGACAACACGCUGGUAGGAGGGUCUUCCUUCCUCGAAUACCUCUGUGCCCAUCUGACAACGACAUGUUUCCAUUCAAGUUUAAGAGGAAGCAAUUUCCUAUUAGGCUUAGUUUUGCUAUGACGAUUAACAAGGCUCAAGGGCAGACCAUCCCAAUUGUUGGUGUGUAUCUACCUAAUCCGGUGUUCUCUCAUGGUCAACUCUAUGUUGCUUUGUCUCGAGCCACCGCGAAGAGAAACAUAAAAAUACUCAUUCAGAAGGAGAAGCCAAAGGAGAAGUCCAACAAGCAACAUAACAAUCCGAAGAAGCGUAAAAGACCGACCGUGUCCUUGCUGACCUCAAUGAAGAACAUCGUCUACAAGGAAGUACUUACAGGCUGA